ACAACUGGAAAGGGCGGAACGAAGAAGAAAGAGCUCGUCCUGUCGCAGCGUCGCUUUGCGAGGCAGCCGGCUUCCGGCCCCUGAAUCUGGAGCCAAAGCUCGAAUCCCUCGUGUGCUUUUGAGCUGGGCGUGAGCGAGAAGAUCACAUUCUGCAGCCUUUUGUGUCAUCUGCUGCGAGAAAGGGCAAGCUCCGAUUCAGUUUUGCUUCGGUAUCAGCGAUGGCGGGCUCGUCGAUUCAACCCAAAGCGGCUCUGCUCUUCUUCCUCCUCAUAAUUCUUCAGGUUCCUCUCUUCAGAGUGCCUUGCUCAACAGGGAUCUGUACAACACCACUACAGGUAACCAUGACUCAGGUUGCUACGAGUGGUAUCAUGCCGGUAGUAAUGCAAAAAGCUCUUCUAUAUCCCGGUGCUUGCGUGGGCCAUUUAUACAAAGGAGACUCUGUAGCUUCUCUGGCUCCUCUCUGGAACAAUCUUUUGGAAGAGUACAACUUGACCAACAUUACUCCACGUGACGAGUCUUACAAGUACCGCCUGGAGGUGGUGGCUGGUAGCUACUUCGCAGUCGGAGGAGCAGUUGUAUCCAUGAUCAAGCCUGGUAGAAUGAGCAUGUUUGGCAUCCUGCUGAUCAUCUGGGGCCUGAUUAAGGAUGAUCUGUUUGACAGACCCGACAGGGAGUCCUCCCAACUUGUACAUGCCGAUUUCAUUUUGUUCAUUGCUCUGGCUCUUGCAGUUCUGUCUAUCAAAUAUGACAUGAACAAGGUAAAGAGGAUAACCGCGCCCAUUGCCAAGCCUCUCAAGAGCUCCAAGAAGUCCAAGAUCAACUGAUACAUACAGAAGAUGAUGAACAUGAGUAUUGUUGCCAUGGCAAAGCUCGAACAAUCUUAGCUUUGGUUUGAGAUUCAGUUGCUCCUUCGGCAAAGUACUCCGGUGUAGAUUAUGAGUAUUUACGUGAGUGAUGCAACCAUCUCUCAUCAGCUGUACAUGUCAUCGAUGUUUCACUGCAUAUUUUCAACGUGACCCUGCAGUUGCAAGACAAGCGGUUUCCCUCUGAUGAGGAAUUUUUGAUUUCAGUUACAAGUACGAAGUUUAGUAUCAAACUAUUUGUAGGCUAUUCUGACAGCAGAUUGUACUGGUCAGCGCUGACCUUCCAGAGAUAGGUUUCUGGUGGUAGGAUCUCCAUCGGGGAGGUGUUUUAGGACAAGGAGAUAAUGUAUAUCAUUGCAGGAGGAAAAAAUAAAUGCUUAUUGUGGCUCGUAUCUACUCCGUUUCUUGUUUCUUUUCGGUCUGAUUUAGUCCUCUGGAAGACUGUCACAUCUAAGAACCAUUCCAGAACAGAAUGUCAGAACGAACAGAACGUCACUCCUGCACCUCACGUGUACACAACAGGAGCAGAAUACUGCACAUCUUUGUAUGAUCGGUUUGCGCUGACUGCCGCGGAGUCAUAUUUACACUCUACACCGAAAGAGCCCACGUUUUCCAUCACUUCUCUCGUAUUUUAGCUGUUUUGCUGUGUCACAGGGUAGUCGUAUGACGAGAUGAAAAUUCUUCUGUUUAUUGCCUCAUCAUUCUUUCAACGAUACGAACUAAAGAACGGCGGAGUCACGAAAGUAUUCUUUCCCAGCGGACUAGACCCAUACCUCUGGGCAGUUUUCAGUUCCCUUGUCAAUCCAUUCUCGGCGAUCGAUGGAAAUUGGACUCUAACAACAGAUCUCGAAGACUCCGUGGCACGAUAACUACUGUGACAGGUAGACAGUUGAAAUCCAACACACUCUAGGAGGC